CGAACGGAGAGGCUUCGAAAUCGAUGAGUCAACACGCAGACCAACAGUGCCGCUUUUGUUUGGACGGAGAGGGAGAUCUCAUUGCGCCCUGUCUGUGCUCGGGCACCUCCAAAUGGGUACACCGUCGAUGUCUCGACAACUGGCGCACGAGCCAAUACAACUACCGCUGCUUCACACACUGCAGCACUUGCAACUUUCAAUACAGAGUCAAAUAUCGUAACGGAAGUCGUUGUAUGUCCAACAAAGCCAAAGUUCGGCUCUUUGUUGCGCGCGACCUCAUCAGCAUUCUCUUGUUUUUACAAAUUCUCGUCGCCGCUCUGGGUGCUGUAGUCUUUGCCAUCGACCAAGCGACCGGAUACAAUAUACUGAAAGAGAUAUCGGAAGAAGAUGCGAAAAAGAUAUCGAAAGGAGACGCGAAAGUGAAAGUGAUGGUGUACUACCUUUGUGGGCUGGUGGCGUUGCUGGCACUGCUCGGUCUCUCCACUCUGUUGGGCGUCUGCUGCUGCUGCUGCUGCUCGAGUAAUGUAUGCCAAUCCGAUGACAACGACUCUGAUUGCUACUGCUGCUGGUGGGGCUACCCGUGCUAUCCUUCAUGGUAUUGUUCACACCAGUACUAUCCCCACGGGGCUGGUUGUUGCAGUGUGCCAGUAUUCGAUUGUGUCGUGUGCGCCGGAGAUACUGCAGACUGUCAUGGAGGCAACCGUGGUUGUGGUGGUACUAGAGUGAUGAUAAUAUUGUUUCUUGUUGUGGUUGCCAUUUUGGCUAUUCUGGGUUUUUUAGUGAUGGUUUAUGUAUUGGCCAUAGUUGGACAGAGACUGUUCCAGCGUCGUGUUGAAAUUCUGGCUCGUCAGGAAGCGUGUCGACAGCAAGAAAUCGUGGAUUUGUCAGAGAUAGAUAUGUCUCAAAUUGAAGAGUACGCAGUUGUGAACCUUGAGCCUUCUGCUCCACCCGAGCCAGACCAAGAUUCUCCCAGUCAAGUGGCACCUUCUGCUUCACCUAGGUAUAUGGUUAACGAUACGGAGUGUAGAGAAGAUGAACCACUGCUACCUGCACCUGUCAACUCAUGACCUGUGAACUGCAUGUGUAGCUAGAAGCGCCCAUCUUCCCUGAAAGGAGCACAAUCUAUUGCAUUUUGCUGUCGAUUGUAGCUAUAUAGGUAUGCUUGUUGCUGCUUCUUGUUUGUAGAUGUAGUUUUGUUUAUGAAUGUCGCAUCUGCAGGACUUAAUGAAUUAAUAGACACUGCUAGACAUAUUACAUGUGUUGUCAGUGAUAUGAGUAUCAGCUACUGCAUGUGUGUAGCUUGUGGGACUACAUACAUGUGGGACUACAUACAUAAUGAUAAAG